CCUCCUCCUCGUCACCGGCCAACUCAACUCAACUCCACCUCGUCGCCUCCGCCGCUUGGAGAAGAAGAAGAAGAAGAAGAAAAUCUCUCUCGCCUCGGAGAGAGGAGGAGGAGGAGGAGAUCCGGCGGCGAUGGAGCUGUUCGCGAGGGCGCAGGUGGUGAGGCUGAAGAGCCACCACGACAAGUUCCUCUACGCCGACGAGGACGAGGUGCACGUCACGCAGGACAGGAACGGCGCCGCCACGAACGCGCGGUGGACGGUGGAGCGGGUGCCGCACUCACCCGGCGUCGUGCGCCUCCGCAGCCGAUACGGCCGCUACCUCUCCGCCUCCAACGAGCCCUUCCUGCUCGGGAUGACGGGCCGCAAGGUGCUGCAGGCGCCGCCGCCCGGCGGCCGCGCCACCGACUCGUCGCUGGAGUGGGAGCCCGUCAAGGACGGCUUCCAGGCGAAGCUCAAGACGCGGUACGGCCACUACCUCCGCGCCAACGGCGGCCUCCCGCCGUGGCGGAACUCGGUCACGCACGACGUGCCGCACCGCACCGCCACGCAGGACUGGGUGCUCUGGGACGUCGAGAUCGUGCAGGUGCUCACCCCCGGCCACGACCGCGCCCCCACCUCCGCCGCGCCGCCGUCGCCGGCCCACGCGCCCGAGCUUAAGAAGCCGCCGCCGCCGCCGGAGGCGCACCACCGGCCCACCAAGUCCUACACCGGGCACCCGCCGCCGCCGCCGCUGGAGAAAGACGCGCCGCCGCAGCCGCCGCGACCGCAGGAGGUCCACCACCGGCCCACCAAAUCGUACACCGGGAACCCGCCGCAGCCGCUGGAGAAAGACGCGUCGCCGCAGCCUCCACCGCCGAAGCCCGCGCCCUCUAGACUCGAGUCCUCCCUUUCUUUCUCUGCGCCAUUGCACAAGGUGGAGGGCCGUGCAAUCUACUACCACAUUGCAGAUGAUAAGGGCGAUGUGGACGAAGACGACGAGACACGCUCAUUCACAUUCAAUGGCUCCAACUUGGAGGAGCUCACACACAAGUUGCAGGAAGAGACGGGCCUCCAUGACAUAAUCAUCUGCACACGCAGCCCUAUCACUGGCAAACUCGCUCCUCUCCGCUUGCAGCUGCCACCAAACAAUGCAGCAAUGCAUAUUGUGCUUGUCCAGGAGUCCUCAAAAGUGGCAAAAACAUUUCCAUGGCCAUACGGUCCAUAAUCUAUGGAGAGAAGGUAGCGAAUUGGGUGGAAUGAUUGGUUGUACAUUUACUCCAUUCAUUUUUUUCCCUGUACCAGUGGAGUACUUGGUAGGAUCUAAUUGUCGUGUGUAUAUAGCCUAGCCUAAAUUAAAUUAGCUGAGGUAUUCGCAUGCAAAAAAAGAAAAAGAAAAGAAGAGGAGAUAUUUAUAGUUCAUAGUUGAGUUUUGAGACCUCAAACCAUCUAUACGGCUAUACCCUUCAUUUAUUGAUGAUCUUUUUUGGGGGAAAGAGGUUUUCAGAAGUUUAUUUCUGAUAUCCAUGGAUACCCUAUUUCUGAAGA